GAUGUUUCUCGCCUCCCCACAGGCUCUGCACCAUCGAUGGCCGAUUCAGACGACCAAAGCCCUAGACCUCGACCUCGAGGCAUGUAACGCAUUUUUUUUAUAUUUUUUUUGUCCUUUGAACUGAAAAUCUCAAACAUGGCCAAGUUUUGUUCCCAAGACGGGUAACUUCUUCUCGGGCAAAUACCACCGGUUUCCAUAGAACCUCUUCUGCUCUGUGCUGGGGGAGAGAAUGGAAGAUGAAGCAUCAAAUGGCGCCGGGCAACACCCUCCUGUCCCUUCUUCCUCAUUCUCAGCGCCCACUUCUUCACGGGUUGUGCAAGCAGAAGGGAGCAGUUACGUCAAUGGAACCCUCCAGCACCAGCAGAGGCAAUCUUCCCGCAUGUCUUAUCGAAUAAACAUUUCGAUAUCCGACGCCUCACCCUCUGAGAUGAAAGAUGAUGUGUGGUCUUGCCUCGUUGUCCUCGUGACCUUCUGGUUCUUCGCAUCCAUGACCUUGAUUCUUGGCUUUUAUGGAUCCGUUAAUCUACAGUUGGGGCCAAACAGCUCUAGGCUUAUACAAACCAAUCCGUUCUUUGUGCAAUAUAUUAAGGUGGAGGAGUUAGAUGAGUCGAAAGCUGGUCCAAUGCUUUACGCAUUUUACGGACAUCCGCCCCUCAAUGUGGAAAAAAAAUGGAUAGAAUCACACAGGGCUUUUAUACCAGCCAACUUUCACAAGGAAUGGAUGUACUUCCUAAAUGAAGGCUCGGAGGUGGACAUCCAGUAUGGCGUACAGUCUUCCUUGGCUUUGUCCCUUGUGGUUGCAAAAGGUAGAGGAACACUUGUCGAAUGGAUAGAGGACCCAUCUUAUCCAAAUACAACCCUGUCAUGGACAUCAUAUAUGCCAGUCCUAUUCGCAGGUAGUGGUAGACUCCGACAGACAUUUUCAAACUCUGCUGCUUAUUAUAUUGCCGUGGGAAACUUGAACACCGAGGGGGUGGAGGUAGAGUUGAAUAUCACUGUGAAGGCUCGGCUGUAUGACACCACGAAGGCAUACUACAAGUGCUCCUUGGGGAACCCUUCUUGCAGUUUGAAAAUCAAUCUGCUGAAGAACAAUGCUGCUGUUCUAACUUCUCCAGAAGAGGGCACUGUUGAUGACGAUUGGUACGUCAAGCUCUCCUACGGACCCAGGUGGAUCACAUAUUUUGUUGGAUCAGGUGCAAUGACUGUCCUCAUAUUGUUAGCCUUCAGAUUCUGCAACACGUGCCAGACCAGCAGGGAAGAUGACACAGGAUUCCAAACAGAGCGGAUCGAAACUGAGCAGCGGACCCCGCUGAUUCCAAACAAGGAUGACGAUCUCUCGAGCUGGGGUUCGUCUUACGAUUCUGUCUCGCACGAUGAGGAGGAUUUGGAGGAGAAGUUCGUGGCAUCUUCGAUUUCAUUUGAAGGAAAGACUUCAGCAGAAGGGGAAAACUGCAACAACCCACGUGGCCUCUGUGCAAUCUGCUUCGACUCUCCAAGGGAUUGUUUCUUCCUUCCUUGCGGACAUUGCGCUGCCUGCUUCGAUUGUGGAUCCAGGAUUGCGAAGGAAGAUGGUUCCUGUCCGAUAUGCCAGAGGAAGAUGAAGAAAGUGAAAAAGAUAUUCACGGUAUGAAGAGUCCAAUGUCGGCGAAUGAAAAUAAUGAUGCGUUGUCAAGCCGUGUUGGUUUUGUUCUUUUUGUGGAUAUUAUAUUUUUCAUAUGAUGUUGAAGAACUUAUAGUUUGGUAGGUUUUAUUGGUAUAUAGAAGAGUGAUUUUGUAAUAGAAAUAUAUAUAGGAGGUUCAGUCAUUACUCUUUUGGUGCUUGUUGUCUAGUUUGUCAAAAAAACGCUGCUCUGCCAUCCAUUGGUAUUGUAUGCCUCAAUUGUAAAACGCUGCUCUUCCAUCGAUCGAUCAAUUGUAAAACGCUGCUCUGCUAUCAAGGAGGAGGAGGAGGAGGGGGAGACUGGAAGCAGUGGAGCUGGCAAAGAAGGGAGGAGAAGCCAUUCUCUUGAAUUUGAUUGAGGUGAAUGAAAUCACUGCAGCGAGCAAGUUCAUGCAUAGUAAGUAUACUUUGAUUAAUUAAUUCAUAAUAAUAAUAAUAAUAACCGGUUGGUGCACUGCAGUUUGCUUACUCUACAGCAGCAGGGGAGGGCAGGGCAGGAGAGUGCAUGGUAGAUGGAAUGGAAGAUUAGUGUCGAGUCAUUUGUAGUAAACAAACGCUAACGGACGCAUCCGGCAAAUGCACCGCGCCUGUGAUCACCAACCACUUCUUUUCUUCAUUUCAUUCAAGUCUCUCUCUCUCUCUCUCUAUAUAUAUAUAUAUAUAUAUACAUAUCUUGUAUGUAAUAUGUACAAACUCAAGAUUUCUGUGAAUGGUUUUUGUUAAUCUCA